GCCAUGGCGGCGUUUCCCCGCCACCGCCGCUUCUUCGGCGGCUUCGUCUGCGGGGCCGCGGCCGGGGCCGCCGCGUCCUGCUGGGCUACGUGGCGGCUCCUCCGCAGCCAGAGCCAGCCGGAGCCGGGCCCCGGGCGGACCCCAGCCGAGGAACCAACAGAAGAGGCUCUGCUGGAAAGAUAUGGGUUUCCUGAGGCUGGAACAGAGACCAGAUGUUACACAAAUCAUGCACUGUCAUAUGACCAGGCAAAACGGGUGCCUAGAUGGGUGAUUGAACACAUUUCAAAACAAAAGAUGCUGGGUGAUGCAGAUCGAAGGCACUGUAAAUUCAGACCAGACCCUAACAUCCCUCUGAUGUUCAGUGCUGUCAAUGAGGACUACCUUGGCAGUGGAUGGUCACGAGGACACAUGGCACCAGCAGGAGAUAACAAAUUUUCAACAAGAGCUAUGGCUGAAACGUUUUAUCUGUCUAACAUUGUGCCUCAGAAUUAUGAAAAUAAUGCUGGGUUUUGGAACAGAAUGGAAAUGUACUGUCGGGAAUUGACUGAGAGAUUUGAAGAUGUUUGGGUUGUUUCUGGACCUCUUACCUUGCCUCAAACAGAUGGUGAUGGAAAGAAGAGUGUUACUUACCAGGUGAUUGGAAAGGAUGAUGUGGCUGUACCAUCCCACCUGUACAAGGUGAUCCUCGCCAGGCGGAGCAGAGCGUCCUCAGAGCCCCUGGUCCUGGGGGCUUUCGUGGUGCCAAAUGACCCCAUAGGCUUCAGCCACCAGCUCACUGACUUCCAAGUCAGUGUUGAAGACCUGGAAAAAAUGUCGGGUUUAGUUUUCUUCCCCCGGGUGGACAAGACCAAAGAUGUUAAAAAUAUCUGUGAGGUGGAUACCUGCAAACUGAUGGGCUUCAAGGAAUUCACACUGUACAUCACUGCCCGCAAAGUGCAGAGCGCCCGGACGCUGCGCCGGCUGGAGAGAGCCAUGGCAGAGUUACAGGAGGCAGGAAUUGAGCCUGAUGAGUAUCUCCUAAAGCUUUACAAGAAGAAGGAGGAAGAACUGCUGCAGGAAAAACCAGUAGUAGCUAGAGAGGGGAGAGCUGGCUGAGUAUUCAGGAAGUUGUUUGAGUUUUUGGAAAGAGGAACUGAAAGCAGUCAUGAAGACAAGGCCCCCUUGAAUCAUCCUUUUUUGAGCUGUGAAAACAAUAAAGAAAUAUCUGGA